AUGAUCGACGUUUCGUCGGUGUUUGCCGUAAGGCCUGUUUCUACAGCCUACAUGACCAGCGACGAGCGCGCCGAGUUACUCUCACAGACAAGCGACGUCCGGGACCAAGCCCUGACAAAUCUCAUUUCCAAGGGCAUGACCCUCCACGAGUUUUCGAAGACCAUCUACGGCCUGAUCAAGGAGCCGGCGCCAAAGCCUCACCCGCCCGAAUAUACUAAAGCAGUGGAAGACAUCGAAAAGUACAACGCGAAGCACAAAAAAGGAAAGAAAGGAAAACGCUCUAAGAAGGUGGUAGAAGAAGAUGAUCAGGCUGAAGAGCAGAACUACUUCCUGGAACCUCGGGUGACUCAGACGAAGCCGUACGAUACAGUCACGUGCGACUUUUACUCUGCUCUCCAGAACAACGGUCUUUCACUGCGAACGUUUUGCAUAACAGAAGGCAUGCUCGGAGCAGGAAACUUCACCACUCGUGCGUGUGCCGUUCCGUUUUCCCCCGACACUGAAGGUCGGAAGGGAGAACAAUUCUGCCCAGCAAGCUGCUUUGGCUGUGAGAGCCACUCCACUGCACUUCAUGUCAUUCUCUCAAAGCUUCGGAAUCUCGACGCUACCGAUCCGUUUGCAAUCAGCGCGUCCCUGAAAGGUUGCUGCUACGAUCCUGUCCUAGUUAUAAUGGUCUUUCGACUGGUGCAGGCACUGCGCUUGGCGUCCUUGGGAUGA